GCAUUCAACAUGUUCCUCCCCCUCUUGUUGUUAGUAUAGGAAAGUAUUCAAGCAAUGUUUACGAAGCUCUAUAUUUUAAGCUAACAAUAAGUGUAAAACAAAGAAAAUGAAUAAAAGUAUAUUACAAUUAUACAUAAAUCGUUAUAUUUAAAGCAUAUUAAAUUAAGUGAGAACAAUCAAACUUUAAGAGAAAAUUUUUAACCUCAAACAUACAGUAUUCUUUAUUUCGUGCUGAAGAGGUUAUGCCGACAUUGUUACGUUUUAAGAAACAGAUGAUUCAAAGAUAAAUAAUACCAAAGUAAAGAAACUUGUUUAAAGUUUGUAAAAAAAAAAAACCGAGUAAACAUGCCUACUUGGAAUCAAAUACAAGCUCAGCUACGAAAUCCAAAUAAUCCGGUGGUUUUCUUCGACGUAUCUGUGGGUACAACAGAAAUUGGACGAAUGAUUUUUGAACUCUUCGAGGAUGUUUGUCCAAAGACGUCAGAAAAUUUUCGACAAUUCUGUACUGGAGAAUAUAGAAAGGAUGGUGUACCUUUGGGUUUCAAAGGUGCCAUUUUCCAUAGAGUCAUCAAAGAUUUCAUGAUUCAGGGUGGUGACUUCGUAAACGGCGAUGGUACUGGAGUUAUAAGUAUCUACGGUGGUGGAACCUUUCCAGAUGAAAAUUUUACAUUAAAACACGACUCACCUGGAUUAUUAUCCAUGGCAAACAGUGGUAAAGACACUAACGGGUGCCAAUUCUUUAUUACUUGUGCCAAGUGUAAUUUCUUGGAUGGUAAACACGUCGUUUUUGGAAGAGUUAUCGAUGGACUUCUGGUUAUGAGAAAAGUGGAGAAUGUUCCAACAGGGCCAAACAAUAAACCAAAAAUUCCUGUGACAAUAUCUCAAUGCGGACAAAUGUAAUAGCUAAAUAAUUGUAAUUUAUAUAUUUUUAUAAGGAAUUAUGUAAAAUACAUAAUAAAAGUUACACU